AUGGCCGAGUUGGAUUUGCAAUCUCAAACGUUUCAAACGACUCAAGUUGAAAAAUCUCAACAAGAAUCAAAAGAUUGGCAUGAAAUAUUGGUCGAAUUCUUUUCAAAAAUCGGAAUGUUAGAAACCAAUCAAACAUUCAAACUGGAAUUAAUCGUCUUUUCGUCUGGUUGCGAAAAACAAUUAUUGACGCACAUUGAAUGGUUGUUACAGGAGUUGACAUCUUGGAGAUCAAGAAACGAACUCAAUAAUUUGUCACUAUCUGCAAAAAGAAAAAAGGGACCAGAUGAUGAAUCUUCAU